CCAGGAUACUUGAUACAGAGCUUUUUAUUCAGUCUGCAUUUUGCUCUGCUACAAUACUUCCAACCACAUCUCUCGCGUCCUCCAGACAGUGCACAUCCACCCAGCUACUUAUCGGCAUAGGUUGGGCUGAUAGGGUUGGGGUUAUCUAAUCGCCUCCAAACCCGGCAAACUCUCUCCCCUCACACAUUCUCUCAGACCAAAGGGCACAGGAAUACGAGACAGAACAUACACCGACGCCCUCUGCCAGUGCUAAUCAUCUCGCCCGUAUCGCCCAAAUGUCGACCCCCAUUCCCGCGCCUUCGAAGGAAGAGCAGGCGCGUCUUUUGGAGGAUGCGCUGAGCGUGGUGCGCCAGCAGUCCCAUCUCAUGAUUAAGAACCUCGAGUCGAAGGGCAAGCUCAUGGAUGCGCUCAAGCAUGCUUCCUCGAUGCUCUCCGAGCUGCGCACUUCCUCGCUGGGCCCGAAGCAGUACUAUGAGCUUUACAUGUCGGUCUUUGACUCAAUGAGAAACCUCUCGGUUUAUCUGAAAGACAACCACCCAAACAACCACCUCGCGGACCUCUACGAGCUCGUGCAGUAUGCCGGAAACAUCCUCCCCCGUCUGUACCUCAUGGUUACCGUCGGAACCGUCUACAUGUCUGUCCCCGACGCUCCCGUCAAGGAAAUUCUCAAGGACAUGAUGGAGAUGUGCCGUGGUGUGCAGCAUCCCAUCCGUGGCCUCUUCCUGCGCUACUACCUCUCGGGCCAGUCUCGAGACUGCCUACCCAUCGGCGACAGCGACGGUCCUGAAGGCAACCUGACCGACUCAAUUCAUUUCGUUAUCACCAACUUUAUCGAGAUGAACAAGCUCUGGGUCAGACUCCAGCAUCAGGGCCACAGUCGUGAGCGCGAGAAGCGUAUGAAAGAAAGACAGGAGUUGCAGAUUCUUAUCGGAAGUAACCUCGUCCGUCUAAGUCAGCUUGACGGCGUCGAUGCCGAAACCUACAAGACAACAAUCCUUCCCGCAAUCCUGGAGCAGGUCGUCCAGUGCCGCGAUAUUCUCGCCCAGGAAUAUCUUCUCGAGGUCAUCACCCAAGUUUUCCCCGACGACUUCCAUCUGCAGACCCUCGACCUCUUCCUUUCCGCGACCGGCAAGCUCAACCCCGGCGUGAACGUCAAGAACAUUGUUAUUUCGAUGAUUGACCGUCUUGCCGCGUACGCCAACCGCGAAGCUGAGGCGCAGUCGCCAGAGAUCCGUAAGGAGCGCGAGGAAGCCCAGAUGAAGAAACUCGCGGCCGCGGUCAGACGUAUCCGAUUUAAGGGAGACUUGGCGGAAGAGUAUGGUUUGUUCAAGGACCACACUGUGGAGGAGCCGACGUCUGUGCCUGAUGCCGCGCCGGAGACCACGGACUCGCUUGCGUCGCUCGCGCCGCCGAUGCCGGUCUUGGACGGUGACUGGGGCGAUGCGCCGACCACGGCCGCUACCGAGGACUCUGAGACCACGCAGUCGACUGCUACCGAGACCACUGACGACGAGGCCGAGCAAGCCGAUACCGAGGAAACCACUACCGAGGCCGAAGACGUUGCAGACGACUCGAGCUCUGACGGUGGUCUGUUUGGCAAGGACGAUCUUGACGACGACCCGAUCAAGGAGUUUGCGCCCAACGCUGCCGCUGGCCGCAAGAUUAUCACUGCCGACAAGCCGAUUGUGGAGUCGCGCGACUUGCUCGAGGAGAUCCGGCUGUUUGAGGUCUUCUUCGAGCAGAUCCAGCUGCUGAUCAAGGCACGCCCCGACCUGCCGAUCGGCGACGUGACGGCGCUGCUGGUGUCGCUUACGAACCUCUGCCUGAACUGCUACCCCGCCGAGCUCGAGUACAUCGACCAGAUCAUGGGCUUCACGCUCGAAAAGUGCGAAGAGUACAAGGACAACGCGGACCUGCACUCGCCGCCGGCGAAGAACAACAUCCUCGCGCUGCUGCUGGCGCCAAUAUCGUCGUACAAGUCGCUGCUGAACGUGCUCGCGAUUCCAAACUACCUGCACCUGCUGCACGCGCAGUCGUACGCCACGCGGCGCUCGAUCGCGGCCGCGGUCGCGCACUCGAUCCUCAAGAACUACACCAAGCUCGAGACGCCGGAGGACGUCGAAGGCGUGGCGGAGCUGUUGCGGGUGAUCAUCAAAGAAGGCCAGCAGCCCGCGGUGCCGUUCAGCAGUACCGGUGCUGCGCCGGGCCAGCUCAACGGCGGAGCGUCGGCGCCGCCGAAGCGGAAAGACGCCGAGACAGAGGAGACGGUCGAGGAGCAAGGAUGGCUUGCGCGGAUGGUGCACUUGAUUGAGUCUGACGUUCCGGAUGUGCAGUUCCGGAUGCUGCAGUUGGCCAAGAAGGCGUUUGCCGAAGGCGGCGACCGCGUCAAGUACACGUUCCCCGCGCUCGUGACGUCGUCGGUGAAGCUCGUGCAGACGUACUGGGGCAAGCGGUUUGUCGACAACGCGUACGCGCAAAAGAUCGUUGCGGUGUUCAAGUUCGCGCACCAGCUCAUCACGGAGAUGUACGCGGCGGGCACGUCGGCGGACACCUGUCUGCGCCUGUACAUUUUCUGCGGGCAGAUUGCGGACCAGGUCGAGUCCGAGGAAGUUGCGUACGAGUUCUUCGCGCAGGCCUACAUUGUGUUUGAAGAAGCGCUGACGGACUCGCGCGCGCAGUUCCAGGCGCUGAGCAUCAUCGCGGGCGCGCUGCACAGUACGCGCAACUUCACAAAGGAGAGCUACGAGACGCUGAUCACGAAGAACGCGCUGUUCGGCUCGAAGCUGCUCAAGAAGCCCGACCAGUGCCGCGCAGUCUACUUUGCGAGCCAUCUGUGGUGGGCGGUGGAGAUCCCCGUGCGCGGCGAGGAGGAAGGCAAGACGCCUUUGUACCGGGACGGCAAGCGCGUGCUCGAGUGUUUGCAGCGCGCGCUGCGGGUCGCGGACGCGUGCAUGGACUCUGCGGUCUCGAUCGAGCUAUUUGUCGAGAUCUUGAACCGCUACGUGUACUACUUUGACCGGGGAUGCGAGGUCGUCACGGUCAAGUACGUCAACGGCCUGAUCUCGCUCAUCAUGUCGAACCUGUCGAGCACGAUCGACGCGUCCGUGACGGACUCGCCGCGGAAACAUUUCGAGCGGACGCUGCAGUAUAUUAACGCGCAGAAGGAGGAGGACGAUAGAUUUGAUGCGAUUACGUGGUAGUCUGCAAGUAGUGCUAUAGCAGCGGUAGGUUGCUGUUUGGAGAGGGUGUAGUGAUCAGUUUGAAGUCGAGUGUAAUAUUUCUUAUCUUAUUUCUUUUGUGUACGUUUUGUUUUCUCAAUGUCAUUUAUCAUUUAAAUCCAAAUAGCCUGUUUGCACAUGAAAAAAUAUCAGCAGUAGCU